AUGACAGACGCGGGAGGUGACACGGUGUCGACUUCAGACGGUCGUUUAUGGAAAAGUGGAGACGACAGUGACAUGGUGGAGGAGCUUCAUCCGAACUACGUGUCGGAGGACUCCUCCAACCGAGCCAUACCAACUUUUGAGAAGUUGGUGAAUCGAGUCGCCUCCGAGAAGACAACUGGAUCCAAGUCCCGGUUCACCGACCUGAUUGGAUUGAGCAAGAAGCUCGCCAAUCCACGGAUUGACUUCAUGAUCCUGCGAGCCCAGAAGACGAAGCAGUUUGAAAUUGAGAAGCCCUGGUAUAUCAUCAAUCCUGACAGCAGCUCCUUGUUCGCGAUUUGGCAAGGCCUCAGCUUCCUGGCGCUCACAUUUGUGGCUCUGAUCACGCCGAUACAAGUCGGUCUCAUCGCGGAGUACAAAUUCGAUACGCUUGCCGCGGUGAGCUUAUGUGUGGACGGCAUUUUUCUCGUGGAUCUGCUGAUGCAGUUUUGCACGACCUACUCCAAGAAGACAGUGCGCGGGACGAUCUGGGAAACCAAGGUGUCGGCAAUCUCACAGCAGUACCUGAGAUCUUGGUUCGUCCUGGAUCUGAUGUCCCUGAUUCCCUUCGACUUGAUCGGCUUGAUGAUCGGCGGAAGUGGUGGCAAUGACUUCGCGGAGCUCAAAAGCAUCAAGGUUCUCAGAGUGCUGAGACUUCUGAAGCUGACGCGGCUGCUCAAGGGGUCGAAGAUCAUUCAGCGACUGGAAAUUCCAGUGGCCAUACCAUACCAACAUCUGGCAUUGAUCAGGUUUAUGUUUGUACUCAUGAUGGCCUGCCACUGGCUGGCCUGCUUAUGGGCAAUGACGUUGCAGCUUGUGGAUGCUGAGUUUCCUCGAUGGAUUAACGACAUCGAAUCAUCCGAUCUGGAGUUCGGAAUCGAGUCGUCGAGAUCGCCUCUACGAAUCUACGUUGCCGCGUUCUACUUCUGCGCCUACACGAUGACCUCCGUGGGCUACGGGGACAUCGGCCCGAAGAACAUCCUAGAGCGCUUGGUCUGCUGCGGGAUCAUCCUGAGCGCUGGCCUUUGCUGGGCCUACAUCCUGGGUGAGGUCUGUGGCAUCGUCGCGGACAUGACUAGCGAGAGCCAAGACUUCCGCAAGAGGAUGUAUCACCUGAACCGCAUGAUGAAGAUGCAGGAGCUACCACGCGAACUCAAAGCGCGAUUGAGAAGCUUUUUCCUGCAGAACCGGCACCAAGUUCAGUUCCUAACACAACAGACGCUUCUUCAGGAUAUGAGCCCGCAGCUGCAAUCUGAGGUCUCGACAGUGCUGAACCUGACUUGGAUCCAGAAAGUGACCUUCUUCUCCCAGUUUCUGAACUUCCUGGAGCUGCAGGAGACAAGGGGAGUCCAUGUGGUUCCCUACAAGGCUUGCAUCGCCGACAUUGCUAAAGCAUUGAAGGCGUCGGCCUUUGCGCAGCGAGAGUCCUUCGACAACGUCCAGGUCCUGUACAUCCUGUCCAAGGGCCUGGUGGCUUUGGAUAGCCGAGUUGGCUACAAUGGGGCAGUUUGGGGCGAGGACUUCGUCCUCUCGGAUACCAGCCUCAUUCGCCCAGUCGCAGGCUAUGCCCUUACCUACAUCGAGGUCUUGUACCUGACGAGGGACGCCCUCAUGGAGGUGAUAGAAAGGCGGAAGGCUAGCUGCCCCCAGCUCGGCCGCAUCGUUCGACAGUACUGUGUCAGGGUCGCUGUCUUCCGCGGAAUCCUUGCAGAGGCCAAACGAAGAUCGAAGGGUUCAGCUGGCCAAUCACAGACUCCUAUUGGUCGCAGUGGCGCUCCCCAGAAGACUUCACGAGCGUUGACGGACCAGUCUCGACCAUGUGCUGCUUGCACACGAUGUCCCCAAACCCCUGGUUUCGGUUCCAGGCCCGUCCCUAUGCGCCAGCAGGACGUAGUUAUGCCCGACCCACCUCCAGCCCCGCGGCCGCCACAGCCGAAGUUCCCCAUGUGGGAGGAAGUUUGA